AUGAAUAAUUCAGAAAAUGUUCAAAACGAGAAUUUCACCCCUGUUUCACAAUCGUCUUACUUGACAAGAGAUCAAGAGCAUGGGAUCAUCGUCUCUACUUUGCGACAAGUGAUAUCCAGCCCCGGUGGUGACACUUCUUCAUCAAACUGGCUCCCUAGUGAAGAAGCUCUUCCGCCUCCGGACGCUGGCCCUUGUCCUAUCUGCGGUGUCACCGGUUGCUACGGCUGCGCAUUCCCACGUCCCGUAGAGAUAAAAGAGGAGAAGAAGCACAAAGGAGUGAGGAUUAAACCAUCAGGUAAAUGGUCGGCUGAGAUAUGGGAUCCAAGUAUAAAGGCGAGGAGGUGGCUUGGAACGUUUCCCACGUAUGAUAUGGCAGUGCAGUCUUAUGAAGAAGCAGAAUAUGAGCUUGCCGAAAGAAGGUCGGCGUGA